AUGGCAUUUCUUGUAAAUUUCCUUUUCAUUCUCGUCCUUUUUCCAUCAUUUGAUCAGGUUCUCUCAUUCCCAGAUGAAUUUCCCUCAGAAAUGCAAACCCAAGACAUGCAAGCUUUGAUUGCACAAGCCUGCAUGGAUAUUGAAAACCAAAACUUAUGCCUCACAAACAUUCAUAACGAGCUAACGAAAACUGGUCCUCCGAGUCCGACUUCAGUAAUUAAUGCUGCACUCAGAACCACGAUCAAUGAAGCCAUAGGUGCGAUCAACAACAUGACAAAGAUAAGUACUUUUUCUGUUAAUAACCGUGAGCAACUUGCAAUAGAAGAUUGCAAGGAGCUUCUUGAUUUCUCUGUAUCAGAGCUUGCAUGGUCAUUAGGUGAGAUGAGGAGAAUUCGAGCCGGCGACAGCACCGCGCAAUACGAGGGAAACCUCGAAGCGUGGCUAAGUGCGGCACUUAGCAACCAAGACACGUGUAUUGAAGGCUUCGAAGGCACUGAUAGACGUCUUGAAAGUUACAUUAGUGGAAGCUUAACACAAGUAACACAGCUUAUCAGUAAUGUUCUGUCAUUGUACACUCAGCUUAAUCGCUUACCCUUUAGGCCUCCAAGGAACACUACCCUGCAUGAAACAAGCACCGAUGAAAGCUUGGAGUUUCCCGAAUGGAUGACCGAGGCUGAUCAAGAGCUUCUUAAAUCUAAACCUCGCGGGACAGUUGCAGAUGCGGUUGUUGCGUUGGACGGAAGUGGUCACUACCGUACAAUCAACGAGGCUCUUAAUGCAGCUCCAAGUCAUAGCAAUAGGAGGCAUGUUAUCUAUGUGAAGAAGGGAAUUUACAAGGAGAAUGUUGAUAUGAAGAAGAAGAUGACCAACAUCAUGAUCGUUGGCGACGGUAUUGGCCAAACCAUUAUCACAAGCAAUCGCAAUUUCAUGCAAGGAUGGACCACUUUUCGAACUGCCACAUUUGCUGUAUCUGGGAAGGGUUUCAUUGCGAGGGACAUGACAUUCCGGAACACAGCUGGACCAGUAAACCAUCAAGCCGUGGCACUGCGUGUGGAUUCAGACCAAUCUGCAUUCUUUAGGUGUAGCGUAGAAGGGCACCAAGACACGCUUUACGCGCACUCGUUGAGACAAUUCUACCGCGAAUGCGAGAUUUAUGGAACCAUAGACUUCAUUUUUGGCAAUGGAGCUGCCGUGCUACAAAACUGCAAGAUAUACACAAGAGUUCCACUUCCAUUACAAAAGGUAACAAUCACAGCUCAAGGUAGGAAAAGUCCUCAUCAAAGCACGGGGUUUACGAUCCAAGAUAGCUAUGUUUUGGCCUCGCAACCAACAUAUUUGGGAAGGCCAUGGAAACAAUAUUCUAGAACAGUUUACAUUAACACAUACAUGAGUAGUAUGGUUCAACCUCGAGGCUGGCUCGAGUGGCUUGGAAACUUUGCAUUGGACACUCUCUGGUACGGCGAAUACAGAAACUAUGGCCCUGGUUCAUCACUUGCAGGUAGGGUUAAUUGGCCUGGUUAUCAUGUCAUUAAAGACGCCUCUACCGCCGGUUUCUUUACGGUUAACCGCUUCCUUAACGGCGGUUCAUGGUUGCCUAGAACAGGUAUCAAGUUCACAGCAGGGUUGAGCAAUUGA